AUCCGUGUAUAAACACUUCCUUUGUCUGUGUGUGAGUUCUUGCAAAUGUAUGAGUGAGCUGAAAAAUAGGAGCAAAAACGUAAACAAUGCUGAAAAUUACGAAUAUCAUUAAAUCUACAGGAUAUAGAGCCUUGACAGGCUUCAUAUCAUCAAGUCGAACAUACUGUGCAGCUAAAGAUUCAGAUCCAAAAAAUCAACAAACAGAAGAGAAACAGGAAGAAAGUCCAGUAGAACCGAUAAUUAAGAUAGAGAAAACAGGAACAGUGACAUUAAUCGGCAUUAAUAGACCAGAUGUAAGGAACUGUAUAAAUACAGAAGCAGCAACAGAACUUUCAGCAGUAAUUGAAGCAUUUGAAAAUGAUCCAGAAUCACCAAUUGCUGUUUUAUACGGCGUAGGAGGCAAUUUUAGUGCCGGUUAUGAUCUUAAAGAAUUGUCAGAUGAUCCAGAGAAUGUUACAAACAUUUUGAUGAGAUCCGAAGGUGCUAUGGGUCCAACCCGAAGAAUGAUUAAGAAACCGAUGAUUGCAGCAGUGAAUGGAUAUUGCGUUGCUGGUGGCCUUGAACUUGCAUUAUUAUGUGAUUUACGAGUUAUGGAAACUGAUGCAAUUAUGGGAUUCUUUAAUAGACGUUUUGGAGUUCCUUUAGUCGAUGGUGGUACUGUUCGUCUUGCUCCAAUGAUUGGACUUUCUAGAGCACUUGAUUUGGUGCUGACUGGUCGUCAAAUUACAUCAAAGGAAGCACUCGAAAUCGGAUUAGCUAAUCGAGUUGUAGCAACGGGAACUUCCUUAGGACAAGCAUUGAAUUUGGCCCAGUCAAUUGCUAAAUUCCCACAAGCUUGUGUCAAUCACGAUCGCACUAGUCUUUUCAAUACAGUCUUUAAUGCCAACAACAAGGAUGAAGCUUUAGAUUUCGAAUUAAUGUCAAGUGGACCAGAAGUACUCGAAGAGGCGAAAGUUGGAGCUCUGAAAUUCAGCAAGGAUAAAAUAGGAAGACAUGGUACAUUUGCAGACAUAAAGUUGAAGGAUAUUCCUGAAUGGGAAGCCAAGGAAAUUGAGAUUGAGAAGAGCAAGAAGUAAAUUUUGAGAUAGAGACUAUUAGGAUUGUUGUGAUGGAGUCAGAAUAAAAUUUUGAGCGGAUUUUUAUAA